AUGUCAGGAGCAGUACUCAAUUCGGACAAGCCUCCACGCUCGUCAGACUCCUCGGGGACGGCCGUCGCAGAGACCAGUGGGGAGACGAAGACACCCCAUGCCUUCAAUGAACAGACAAAUUAUGUCCCGAAAAGCACCAUUAUUACGAUAUUCUUAGCAUGCUCGACAGUCGACCUCAUAGCAUUGAUGGACCAGACCACUCUGGCCUCCAGUUUGUCAAUCAUUGGAAAUGCCUUGGAUGCCAGUGAUAAAGCCUCUUGGAUAUCUGGAGGAUACUUUGUCACCUCGACCUGUUUCCAGCUCAUAUACGGCCGCCUUUCAGACAUAUGGUCUCGCAAACUCGUCCUUUUCGUCGGACUCGGCAUCUUCUUCAUCGGUUCACUGGCAGCAUCGCUUUCGCAGACAGCCACACAGCUCAUAGUCUUUCGUGCCUUUACUGGUGUAGGUGGUGGUGGGUUGAUGACCGUGGCCCAGAUGAUUGUUAGCGACGUGGUUCCGCUCCGUGAAAGGGGCAAAUACCAGGGGAUCCUGGGUGCAGUAGUAGCAAUCGCCAAUGGAAUCGGACCUGUCAUCGGCGGUGCAUUAUCCUCCAUCAACGAGGAUUCAUGGAGAUGGAUCUUCCGACUGAAUCUCCCACUCACGGCAAUCACAACCCUCUGUGUGCUGUUCUUCAUGCCUCUACGGAAGGUAACAGGGGACUGGAAGAUGAAGCUCAAGGCAAUUGAUUUCGUCGGUGCAUUUCUCGCACUAGGCAGUACCGCGGUCCUGCUUUUGGGUUUGACGUGGGGUGGUGGUGAAUACCCUUGGGCUUCGGCCCAUGUCAUUGCCACGAUUGUGGUAGGGUUUGCCGUGGCCGUUGGGUUCGUGCUCUGGCAAUGGAAGGGAGCAACAUACCCGCUCGUACCGAUGCAUAUAUUCAAAUCUCGGAUUGUGAAUGGUGCGUGCUUGACUAUGUUUAUAAACGGGUGGAAUUUCCUCGUCCAAGUGUACUAUAUCCCAACCUUUUAUCAGCUGGUGUUCGGGUAUUCCACUGUGAAAGCCGGUGCGAUGCUUUUGCCUGUAACAUUGAUGCAGACUGUUAGUAGUACCGUCUCAGGCCUUGUUGUCCACUGGGUAGGCCGUUAUAGGGAGUGUAUUCUCUUCGGUUGGAUGAUCUGGGCCGUUGGACUGGGUUUGUUCUCGACUCUAGAUCAAUCAUCCGGCUUGGGAAAACAGAUCGGUUACGGACUCUUGACUGGUGUUGGGGUGGGAAAUACAUUACAACCCUCCCUGAUCGCUGUCCAAGCAGGAGUUGAACGGAAAGAUAUGGCAGUCGUGACCUCCUUUCGGAAUUUCGUAAGGAACCUUGGUGGCACGCUCGGCCUGGCCGUCGCCGGAACCAUCAUAAACAAUCUCAUCACAAGCUCGAUCUCCUCGCUGGGCCUCACACCGGCUGAAACCCGCUCUUUCCUAUCGAGCCCUCAAAACUACCUCUCCAAACUACCCCAUGAAGAAGCAGAACAUGCUCGGUCCCUAUUGAUCCCGGCUUACCGAAAGGGGUUCCGGAUUAUAUUUCUGAUCGGUACCGCAUUGGCUGCCUUUGCGUUCGUUCUGGCCUUUUGGCUGAUGCCCCAGGUGACUUUGAAUCGGGCGGACGAUGAGAAGUUGAAGGAGGAGGGAAGGAAAAGGGUUAAGGGGGAGGGAAACAGUGACAAGGAGGUAGUUGACAAUGAGAGAAGAUGA